GUGACGUCAUAAGACCAGCAGGAGGCAGCAAAGCAAAACCUGCGCGAUGCUGGCCAACCACGUGACCUUGGCGUCCAAGUGGAUUCAAAGCAGAGAUGCUGGUUCUGCGCUCGUUGAGGAAAGGGGGAGAGGAAGGGUCCAGGCCAAAGUGAAAGAUGCAGUUGCUAUGGCGACCCUGCAUGUGUGUCCCAGCCUGUGAUUGGCCGAGAGGCGAGUGGGCGGGGAGCUCAACUGGGGAAGGAGCCGCUCUUCAUCCCUCCAUCUUCUUCAUCUGCGCCUGCAGAAACAAAGUGUCUCCAUCUCUCACCGGUCCAGCCUUCACCAUCAUCACCAUCAGCAUCACCUCUGAGGAGGACUGACACGGACUCGCUCCUCGCUGGGUCGCCAUGGCAACGGUCAUCUGCACUCGUUUCACUGAGGAGUACCAACUAUAUGAGGAGCUGGGGAAGGGCGCCUUCUCUGUGGUGCGCCGCUGCGUCAAAGUCCUGUCAGGUCAGGAGUACGCCGCCAAGAUCAUCAACACCAAGAAACUCUCUGCUCGAGAUCACCAAAAGUUGGACCGCGAAGCUCGAAUCUGUCGUUUACUGAAGCACCCGAACAUCGUGAGGCUCCAUGACAGCAUCUCCGAGGAGGCUCACCAUUACCUCAUCUUUGACUUGGUGACAGGUGGGGAAUUGUUCGAGGACAUUGUAGCCAGAGAGUAUUACAGCGAAGCUGAUGCUAGUCAUUGUAUCCAACAAAUUCUGGAGGCCGUGCUUCACUGUCACCAGAUGGGUGUGGUCCACCGAGACCUCAAGCCGGAGAACCUGCUGCUGGCCUCCAAGUCCAAAGGGGCGGCGGUCAAACUUGCCGACUUCGGUCUGGCCAUCGAGGUGGAGGGCGAGCAGCAGGCGUGGUUUGGCUUCGCGGGGACUCCUGGCUAUCUUUCUCCUGAGGUUCUGAGGAAGGACCCGUACGGAAAAGCCGUGGACCUGUGGGCCUGUGGUGUGAUCCUCUACAUCCUGUUGGUGGGUUAUCCUCCAUUUUGGGAUGAAGAUCAGCAUCGUCUGUACCAGCAGAUCAAAGCGGGAGCGUACGAUUUCCCGUCGCCCGAGUGGGACACGGUGACUCCAGAGGCCAAGGAUCUCAUCAACAAGAUGCUCACCAUCAACCCGGCCAAGCGCAUCUCAGCGGCGGAGGCGCUCAAACACCCCUGGAUCUCUCACCGCUCCACGGUGGCGUCCUGCAUGCACAGACAGGAGACGGUGGAGUGUCUGAAGAAGUUCAACGCCCGGCGCAAACUCAAGGGAGCCAUCUUGACCACCAUGUUGGCCACCAGGAAUUUCUCAGGAGGAAAGAGUGGCAGCAACAAGAAGGCGGACGGUGUCAAGGAGUCAUCAGAGAGCACCAACACCACCAUCGAGGAUGAGGACACUCGAGUGAGGAAGCAGGACAUCAUCAAAGUGACUGAGAUGCUAAUCGAGGCCAUCAGUAACGGCGACUUUGAGAGCUACACAAAAAUGUGCGACCCGGCCGUGACGGCAUUUGAACCCGAGGCUUUGGGGAACCUGGUGGAAGGAUUGGACUUCCAUCGCUUUUACUUUGAAAACUUGUGGUCCAAGAACAGCAAACCGGUGCACACGACCAUCUUGAACCCUCACAUCCACCUGGUGGGCGACGAGGCGGCAUGCAUCGCUUACAUCCGCGUCACGCAGUACAUCGAUGCAAACGGGACGCCACGGACCGUCCAAUCGGAGGAGACUCGAGUUUGGCAUCGCCGCGACGGGAAGUGGCAGAUUGUCCACUUUCACCGUUCAGGCUCUGCCUCCACACUCAGCAACUGACUUCCUGUGUGGACGGUCCUUUGGGGGUCACCAUCGCCUUGACGACUGAUUGAUUGACAGCAGGCGAGCAUCUGACGGCAACGGUUGGAGAAUUUGUGAGAAAGGGAGGGGCGGAGGGUGUGACCAAAUGGGGAGGGCGUGGUCUUGCUUGUUUCUUAUUUGCUGUAGUGAUUGACGCUAAAGAAGUGGACAGCGUGACAGCGCCCCCUGUGGCUGAGGGCUUUAGCUUAGCUUAGCACCAAGAGACGUGUUAGCAUAGCAUGCAAACAAUGCAGUGUCAAUGUCCACAUAGUGAUGUCAGUCUUCAGCCAGCAGGGGGCGCUGGGAAAGAGUCGCUAAUUGUUCAUUGAUUGUUUUUGCUCGUCCACAAGCUUCCUCUCCGACCUGCGAGCUUCCAUACAUGCCUGCCCUUAGCCCCGCCCCUGAACCCCUCAACGUGACCUUUCAACCUUUCAUGUAGUAAUAAUUCUAAGCAGAGCAUCAAUGAAGCUGGUGUUAUGGAGGCGGGGGGGGGGGGGGGUGUAACCUGGUUUGAUUUAGGAGCUUUAAUCGGCAUCUCGGAUGCUGGACUUCUGCUUUUUAGUGCAUGCUUUACCCUUCUUAUCUACUUCCUGUUCGGAAUCAUGUGACUUUUGGCUCAGCACUUGUUGGCUUGUUUCAAUUUGGAAGGGUCAAAGGUCAGUCUGUUUGUGAAAUGUUGUUGACUCAACAUAGUCCCUGCUAAUAUUUACCACUAUUUGUUUGCUAACGCUUGAAAGUGAAAGUGAAAUCUUCUCUGGUGACGUGCUCAUUGCGACUUUACGUCUGGAACUUCCUGCUUGGAUCCUGAUGACGUCACCACACGUCAUGCGGCAGAGCAGGAAGCACUUUUUUUUUUAUUAUUAUUUUGCUUUAGUGCUGUUAGCAGCUGUUGCCGUGCCUCCAAGCUAAGAUGCUAACGUGCAGCACUUGUGUUCCACCAAGGAUGCUAAACGUGCUAACACCCACGUCUCAGGUGAAGCGGUUCCACAAAAAAACUGUAAAACGAAACUCAAUGUUUUGAUGUGUCAGCGGCAGCAUGCUCGCCGUGUAACAGGAAGUGUGCGUGUGUGUGUGUGUGUGCGUGAGGGAGCGCAUGCGUGCUAUGUGCUCCAGUGUUAAAUAAAAGUUGAUGAAAGCCGU